AUGACUAACGCAAGAUCUAAAGAGUUGGAUGAUACCGCUAACAUUGAGGCUGAACAGCGUGCUAGGCUUGUGCGUCGCAACUCACGUGUGACGGUGGAUCAGCUCCUGCGCGAGGCUUUUGCACGUGUGGACACCGACAUGGACGGAAAAGUGAGUGCUAUUGAUAUUCAACACGGUUUGCGUGUAGCUGGUGUCAAGCUUUCAACAGACGACGUCGGAAAGCUAAUGAAGCGUUUAGACCCGAAAAAUCAGGGCCAACUUACUUACGAGGACUUUCACGCACUGCAUGAUGCAUUUAUAGUGCAAACCUUUCACUCUUUUGACAAAAAGAACAAGGGAUUUCUUGUUGAUGAGGAUCUUCAGAACGGCCUUCGAACGUUGGGCGUUACCGUUACGCUAGAGGAAGCGACUAAAAUGAUUCAACAGCUACAUCCACGUGAUGCGCAUCGCGUACACGAGGCUGAUUUCAAGCAUCUGUACCUGCUAUUGCGCUCAAAGAUGGCAUCACCCACGGCACUUGAGCACUUUUUAUGGGAUCCAGAUAUCCGUCAGCUUUCUAAGAAUUGGUGGCAAGCCAGUAUCGAGGUGGGCGAAGACGGCUUACGCGUACCCCUACCCGACAAGGAUGAUAAAGUCAAAAAGGUGUCCCCCGCUAUUAAGUUUCUUGGUGGUGCACUUUCUGGUGUCAUUGAAGCGUUAAUUCUCACACCGUUGGAUGUGACCAAGACACGUAUGCAGCUUGACAAAACUGGUCAUUACCGUGGCAUGGUCGACUGUGGAAAGAAGUUAUUUGCUGCGGAAGGUCCGAAAGGCUUGUAUAAAGGGUUUGCUCCAUGGACUACUCACGUUGUGCUUAAAAAUGGCACGCGUUUCUAUUUCAACGCUAUUUUUCGCCGCGUACUAUCGGAUAAAAAUGGUCAAGUCAGCGGAGCCAAUGAGUUUAUUGCUGGUGCGCUUGCGGGUGCCACGGAGGCUGUGCUGAUUGUGACUCCAUUCGAAGUUAUCAAGACGCGCCUUCAGGGUCAGGAUAUCAUCAAAGGCGAGACUCCGAAGUAUCGUGGUCCAGUUCACACAGCCGCUACAGUCAUCAAGAACGAGGGUCUACUUGCUUUGUGGAAAGGUUUGGUUCCGACAAUUGGACGUCAAGGACUCAACCAAGCUUGCAGUUUCUGGUCAAACAAUUUUAUCAAGAAGCACGUGUGGAAGAUACAAGAUGGUGACUCGUUACCGGCAUGGAAGAGCGGACUUACCGGUAUGAUUGGUGCCAUUCCUGGACCGUGCAUCAAUUGUCCUAUGGAUGUGGUCAAGACGCGGCUCAUGGCACAAGAAACUGCUGCUGGUGCUAGCGGGAAAUACAAGGGCACGAUGGAUGCCAUGGCUAUGAUUGCCAAGGAAGAAGGUAUGAAGGCGCUGUAUAAAGGACUUGUUCCGCGUCUUGCUCGUCUGUGCCCGUCGUAUGGGAUCCAGUGGCUUGUGAUGGAUCAAGUCACUGAGUACUUUUCUAAAGCUUAA